UCCUAUCAAUAUGUCUUUAAUCAUUUAUUUUUGUUAUGUAAAGAAUGUUCAAGUGCUCUUGGUAUGGAGAGUCGCCACAUCAAAGAUGCUCAAAUCACUGCAUCUUCACAAUGGGAUAGAAAUCAUGCGGCAUUCCAGGGAAGAUUGAACUUUAAGGCUGGUGGAGGUAAACAGGGAGGAUGGUCAGCUCGGUCGAACAAUGGAAAUCAAUGGAUACAGGUGGCUCUUGGCAGUUACACCAAAUUAACAAGUAUAGCAACACAGGGAAGGAAUGCUGAUAGCCAAUGGGUAACAGCAUACAAGCUGCAGUACAGUGAAGAUGGAGUGAACUUCUACUACUAUAAAGUACCAGGACAGAGUUCACCUAAGGUACAUAAAUUACCAUGUGUCAGAUAUUGAAAGCUUUUUGGGUAUAUCUCAAGUCGACCUGUAGAAAAUGAACCUUUAAGUGGACAAAAAUCUGUUGAUAUUCAUGUUGUAUCAUUAUUUGAAUUGAAUAGUAUAUUGACAACUAAAUAAUGUAAAACAUAUUGGCAUGUAGGUGAUUAUGCUUUGCAUUUCUAAGAAUUGCUUUGUUCAACCCUUAAACUCCCAGAAGUGAUUCCCAUGUAACUUCUCCCAACAAUAUCCAUCCACUAUCCAGCAAACAGGUAAUGAGAAUACUCAAAUGUAUCAGGUAGAAGUUGUUGUCUUGGUAUAAUACCAAAUUCUUGCAACUAAUUUACAAGGAAAUGUGUAACAGUGAGAUGUGAGAAUUGACAACCAGAUCAUGGGAGUUAAAGGGUUAUUUAAUAAGCAAUUGAUACUCGACUAAACAGAAUAAUGAUAAAUACAAUGAUGUUAAUUUGUUAUGGGAAUCACUUAUCUUACUAGAUUUUGUAUGUUGAUCAUUUAAGGUUUUUAAAGGAAAUAAAGACAGGGAUAGUAUUGUGUACCAUGAAAUAAACCCACCAAUCCAAGCACGUUAUAUCAGACUCAGACCCACAGCAUGGUAUCGUCAUAUAUCACUCAGGAUGGAGCUGUAUGGUUGUCUAGGUAUGGUAACUGUUACUCUUUGUCAUUAAUCAACAUUAGCUUAUGCUUGGAGUACCUCCUCAUCCAUGUAUAUUGUCAAUUGACAAACAGUUCUGCUAACACAUAAACAUUAUCUAGGGAUUGCAACUGGGUGCUAGAACUAAAGUUCUAAUUUUGGGGGAUUUUGUAGACGGAAUUAAAGGGUAAGGAUGUUGAUGUGCAGUUGAUUGACAAAAGAUGUACAAAAUUAAGGAAAUGUUUUGGUGAACCAAACAUUUGGUACUGGUAAAUAUAAGCACUUGGUAGCAAACAUUUUAUUUUCCAUAUCAUGCGGUAAAUUUUGUUGCUUGCAUUAUGAUGAAAGUCAUUUUGUAGGGAUAACAUGACAAUAUAUUUUACUUGAGAUGUUUCUCAUCUUGUAGGUUCAAGUUAGUUAAGGACUAGUAUUUCACACCAAUUUUACAGUAUUCACAAAAGGCCAAAAAUUUAUAUUAAAACCAAACAGUUUGAGGUUCUAUUUUCUCGGCUAUUUGGUGUUAAUUUGCUCAAGAACAAGUUUCAGCUGGUUAGUUUGACAUGAAAGCAACCAUGUUUUCCAAACUUUUUCUAAGUUGAUUUACUAAAAGCAUUAUAAUUUGCUAAACUGUCUGUUCUAUGAAAUGCCCCAAUUACAAAGUUUUUAUUUCACUAAUUGUUUACAAAAACACCUGUCUAUUCCAAUAAAGGAAAAUGCAAUUAGAAGUAAGUCACUGGUUCCCAGGAUGGUGCAAGUUAUGCUAAGACAUCUGAUUGUUUUUGUGACUUCUUGAUGAGCUAUACUUAUGAAAUUCAGGGGAUUUCUCAUUUAGAUUUGAAGUUAACGAACCUGAGAGCAAUCUGGGAAUUUUCCAUAGAUCUCAUCCAUCAUAUAGGAUACUGUACCUGCAUGCUUUAAAAUGAGUAAAUUCUUCAAUUACUAUUUUGUGAGAUUUUUCAGAUUAUGAGAACUGUUUGCUAUAAUUAUUGUGUGAGUGUGAAUUGUGUGGUUCUGCAUCUGCAGUUAUCUGGUAAGAAGUCUUGUUACAGUAACUAUAUUUACACAAGAACCGAUGUAUUGCAAAAUGUCAAGCCAACAAAUUGCAUAUUUUGCAUGACUGUAAAAUAAAACUGCUCUUUCACUUUCUUUAUUUCUGUAAAGAAUGUUCAAGUGCUCUUGGUAUGGAGAGUCGCCACAUCAAAGAUGCUCAAAUCACUGCAUCUUCACAAUGGGAUAGAAAUCAUGCGGCAUUCCAGGGAAGAUUGAACUUUAAGGCUGGUGGAGGUAAACAGGGAGGAUGGUCAGCUCGGUCGAACAAUGGAAAUCAAUGGAUACAGGUGGCUCUUGGCAGUUACACCAAAUUAACAAGUAUAGCAACACAGGGAAGGAAUGCUGAUAGCCAAUGGGUAACAGCAUACAAGCUGCAGUACAGUGAAGAUGGAGUGAACUUCUACUACUAUAAAGUACCAGGACAGAGUUUACCUAAGGUAAAUGUAGAGGCAGUAACUUGGUUUAAAACUGUUGAAAAUAUAUUCUUAUGUCUGCACAGUAUACAGGUAACAGUUAUUAUAUGUUGCAAGUAGUCCUAUUAAUUUAUCUGCAACGACCAUUAGGGGCUUAUAAUGCAGUCUACCAUGGAAUAGGUUAAUAAUGCCACAUAUCUAGCCUGGCAUUCAAAAUUGGUCUUUCUUGACUUUCUCUUGCAUAUUUACAACAAGUGCAAUAAACACGUUACAAUUUUAAAUGUUAGUUGAAACUAUUGGAGAAUCAUGCAUAAUCCAACAGGAAUGGCAUGACUGUGGUAGCUGACUACUAAUAUUACUUGCAUGUAUUUGUAGGUAUUCAAAGGAAAUAAAGACAGAGACAGCAUUUUUUAUCACCAGUUAAACCCACCCAUCAAAGCUCGCAACAUCAAACUUCGACCAACAUCGUGGUAUAAUCAUAUAUCGCUAAGAAUGGAGCUGUAUGGUUGCUCAGUAGGUAUGAUUAUUAUCUUACACCAACUUAUUUGGCACUGAAAAUUGGAAGGGUGAAACACGUGUUUUGAUUAUAACCAGCAUAAUGCUGAAAUAUGGAUAUGGCAAGAAACUCCAGAUUGUUAGAUGCUACAUUAUGACAUAGGUAGAAAAAUUUCUGCUUGAUCGAAUUUUGUCUAACUUUUAACUUUUCAAUAGAACUGUACGUACCUACCCACAAACAUACCUACAUACCUCUGUACAUAAACACACACUCAUAAACUGUUCUUUUACCUUCUUUGUUUCUGUAAAGAAUGUUUGGCACCUCUUGGUUUGGAGAGUCGACGCAUUAAAGAUGCUCAAGUCACUGCAUCUUCGCAAUGGGAUGGAAAUCAUGCAGCAAUCCAGGGAAGAUUGAACUUUAAGGCUGGUGGAGGCAAGCAAGGAGGAUGGUCAGCUCGGCAGAACAAUAAAAAUCAAUGGAUACAGGUGGCUCUUGGCAGCUACACCAAAUUAACAAGUAUAGCAACACAGGGAAGGAAUGCUCACAGCCAGUGGGUAACAGCAUACAAGCUGCAGUACAGUGAAGAUGGAGUGAACUUCUACUUCUAUAAAGUACCAGGACAGAGUUCACCUAAGGUAAAUGUAGAGGCAGUAACUUGGUUUAAAACUGUUGAAAAUAUAUUCUUAUGUCUGCACAGUAUACAGGUAACAGUUAUUAUAUGUUGCAAGUAGUCCUAUUAAUUUAUCUGCAACGACCAUUAGGGGCUUAUAAUGCAGUCUACCAUGGAAUAGGUUAAUAAUGCCACAUAUCUAGCCUGGCAUUCAAAAUUGGUGUUUCUUGACUUUAUCUUGCAUAUUUACAACAAGUGCAAUAAACACGUUACAAUUUUAAAUGUUUGUUGAAUCUAUCGGAGAAUCAUGCUGUUGUAUCCUCCUAAUGCAUAUACUAUGCCUUGGAUUCGUACAGAUAAGAUUUACACACUCAUCGACCAUGUGCUUCUUCUUUUAUUACCUACUUCAUAUAUGAGUACAUGAAGCCUGUCUGCGCUCAGUACGUCAUGUAAUACAUGACAUCCCUCCUUUUCUUGAAGAAAGAAAACAAUAGUCCUUAAGACUUAAUCAAAACAAAACGUGCGAAUCUGAAAAUUGGACGGAGAGCUGGUAAUAACUAAUUCGCUUAAUUUCAACACGAGAUUCACCGGUUCUAAGCAGUCCUUGUAUCAAAACAACAUUUAACAUUUCGAAUCAAAGUUCACUGUUUCAAACGAAGUUCAACAUUUUAAAACAAAGUCUUUAUAUCUCCCAGGGAGUCUCCUCUGUCUCUGAGGUCUUCCACCUUUUGGUGUUGCUGGUGGGCUAGGUACUGUUGCUUGAUCAACUGCUGCAUUCUUACUAGCAGAGGUUGUACCAGAUUUGCUUCCUGCACUUGCUUGUGCUAAAGGUGUGAGAUGAGUUAGGGGUCUACUGGGAGGUGUUGUAGGCACUACUGAUGUAGAUCCACUCAUCACUUGAUUUGGUACCACGGUAAUUUCAGGUGUUGUCGGUACAUCGACACUGACAGGUGGUUCUUCCGGAUUGUCAGGGCUCACAAACUUCUUGACAUGGGAUGUAUUCCUUGAAUACUGCGUUCCACCUGGAGUUUCCACAACAACACUGUUACCGGUCUUGCUAACCACUUGGAAUGGUACUGGAUUAAAUGGCGUGGAAAACUUGUCUCUUUUCUCUUGCCUCACCAGGACUUGAUCACCAACUUGAACUUCUGAUGGUUUUGCAUUCAUGGAUUUAUCAGCUAUUACUUUGGUCUUUGCUUUCACUUCGGCAUCUCUAUCUCGAGUUUCCAGGUCCAAGUGAUGGUCGGCACGUAGCUCUGGUAGCUUUCCUCUCAUCUUUCUGUUAAACAAUAAUUCCGCAGGGCUCUUACCGGUUGUCGCGUGAUCAAUACCUCGGUAUUUAGUCACAUAUCUUCUUAGCUCCUUCACCCAGUCUAAUCCUUCGGCUUGGGCAAUGCGGAUCCUCUUCAUCAGCGAUGCAUUUUGUCUCUCUACUUCCCCGUUGGCUUGAGGCCAUUUUGGUGUGGUCUUGGUGUGAACAAUUCCAUUCUGCUUACAAUAUUCCCGGAAUUCUUCGGAGCGGAAUUGUGGACCAUUGUCUGACUUUAUGGUCAGAGGAAGGCCAUGGCGGCUGAAAAUCUCUUCCAGGUUGUCAAUUACUUUCUCUGUGACGGUUGACAUCAUGAUGGCGUACUCAUAAUAACGACUGUAGUAGUCCACAACAACAAUGAUUGAGUGUCCCGAAGGAAGUGGUCCUAGGAGGUCUAUAGCUAGGUUUUGCCAAGGACCUUCUGGCAAUGUCGUGGAUCUCAAUGGCUCAGGUGGGUCUGGGCGAGAUACCAGUUGACAUCCGUGACAGGACUUGCAGAAUUUCUCUGCUGCCUUAUCCAUACGAGGCCACCACACCUUACUUCUUAAAUUUUGCUUUGUUCCCACAAUUCCUAGGUGUCCUUCAUGGGCUAAGCUGAUUGCCUGAGCUCUGAGUUUGUUUGGUAACACAAUACGGGUACCUCUCAAGACUAGCUGUCCAAUCACACACAGUUCUCCUGCGGCUGGUGCAUAGUUUUUGCACUUCUCAAAUCUGCCAGUUUUAAUUGCUUCUCUCAGGACUUUUAAUUCUUCAUCUGUUGCAGAUGCUUCUUCGACUUCUCUCGUGGUUAAUGCUUGGGGAGUGGCACUGAUAGCUGCGAAUCGGAUGUACUCUUCUGCCCCAUGUGGAUGACUCGUCACUUUGUCUUGCUUAAGCAGGCGGGAAAGAGGAUCAGCUAUAUUAUUCUGCCCUGGAGUAUAUACAAUUCGGAAGUCGUAGGGUUGUAACCGUAUUGUCCACCGUUCGAUGCGGGCACAGGGCUUGGAACGUGGCCCGUAGAUGACCUCCAACGGUUUGUGGUCAGUUACCAGAUCAAAUUUCAUGCCAUAAAUGUAUGCAUGAUACCUCUCACAUGCCCAAACGAGAGCGAGGGCUUCCUUUUCGGUCUGGGAGUACUUGCGCUCACACUCUGUCAAGCUGCGGCUUGCAUAGCAAAUUGGCACCCAUGCUUCAUUUUGGUUCUGUAGUAACACAGCUCCGAGGCCGACUGGACUGGCAUCAGCUAUUACUUUGGUUGCUGCGCCUUUGUUAAAAUAUGCAAGUGUUCCUGCGUCAGCCAUGCUCUGUUUCAGAAUCUUAAAAGCGGUUUUCUGCUCAGGUCCAAAGUGGAAUGGAACAGCCUUUCUGGUCAAGCUCCUUAGUGGCUCAGUGAUAGUAGCGAAGUGAGGAAUAAACCUGCUGCUAUAAUUGGCCAAUCCCAGGAAGCUUCUUACUUCGCUGACGGUGGCAGGUUCCCUUGUUUCUUGCAAGGCUCUGAUUCUUUCUUCUGUUGGGCCUAUCCCUUUUCAGAGAGAAGAAUUCCCAUGAAAAUCACUCUGUCCACAUUGAAUAGGCAUUUGUCAGCAUUGAGAGUUAAGCCAUGCUGCUUGAGGCGUUCCAUUGUCUUAUAUAGGCGUUGGUCAUGAGUUGCCUGAUCCGGGCCAUGUACUAUGAUGUCGUCAGAUAUAUUAUCGACUCCUUCUAUUCCAGCUAAAGCUGUGGAUAUCUCAUGUUGGUACUGCUCACUCGCUGAACACACGCCAAAUAAUAGACGUUUGUACCUGUACAAGCCUUUGUGCGUCACAAAGGUGGUGAUCUGUCGUGACUCUGAAUUAAGUUCCAAUUGGUGGUAUCCCCACUUUAAGUCUAACUUGCUAAAGACUUUGGAACCAUUCAUAUUGUGUAGCAGUUCAUCUACAGUUGGUAUUGGGUAUCUGCCACGUACUAUGGCCUUGUUCGCUUGUCUCAUAUCGAUGCAGAGGCGUAUGUCACCAUCUGCCUUUGGUAUGAUCACUACUGGAUUUACCCAUGGUGUAGGCCCGUCUACUUCCUCUAUAAUAUCACAAUUCAACAACUCUUGAACCUUCUUUUCUACCUUCUCUUGCAGAUUGAAAGGAAUUCGCCUCAGGGGUUGGGCUACUGGUUUCACUGUUUCGUCUAUGUGCAAUGUUACUUGCUUGGACUUCAACUUUCCUAUCCCACUAAACACUUCAGGGAAUUUUUGCUGCAGCGUCUGUUUGCCUUCAGCAAUUGUGGCAAUGUCAAUACCUAUUUUCAGCACCCCCAACCUCAUUGCGGUGUCUUUGCUUAAGAGUGGUAUUCCCUUUCCUUUGAUAACCAGGAAUUCGGUCUGGACUCUUCCUCUGCCCACUAGUACCUCACAUGUGAAGCUACCUUUUACUGGGAGGGGUUUGCUGGAUGCAUAAGCGUACAAUUUUCUGUCAACGGGAGCUGCUUGUGAUUUACACUUGAUCUUUUUAGCCUUCAGAUCUUCCCAUGUACAUUCAUCGAUAAUGUUAUUGGUGGCCCCAGAAUCCACCAACAUUUCCAAUUCUACUCCACCCACAGACAAUUUGAGCAUAUUUGACUGACCUUUAUUGGUGACCCUGAAUGCAUAAUCGACUUGCUCCCCAUCGGUUUUUUGUUCUUCUUGCACCUGAUUGACUCCUGGCUUCUUUGGUUUGGUUUUGCAGACACUAGCAAAGUGACCUUUCUUUUACAUUUUUUACAUGUUUGACCUCUGGCAGGGCAUUUCGGAUCUCCACCAAGGUGACCACUCCACCCACAACGAGGACACUGACUGUCUCUGUUCUUGCUCUCUUUGUUUCUUUGUUGAUCUUUUUGGUCUCCUAGGUUUUCAUAGACCCUGUGUGCUUCUGUAGUCUGUUCACUCAAGCUAAGCUGAGACAUUUGGUGUUCUACACUUUCACACUGUUCUGCAAGCUCUAAUGUGCGUGCGAGAGUAAGUUCAUCUCUUUCUUCAAGCAAUUUACGUUUGACAUAAUCUGACCUGCAUUUGCAUAAAAUCGCAUCUCUUAUCUGAUUGUCAAAGUCUGCCCCAAAAUUACAGUCUUUCCCUUCUUUUCUCAGUCGGGUUACAAACUGCAAAACGGUCUCACCUGGCUGUUGUUGGAGUCGGUGAAAUUUUUGACGCGCAAAAGCGGAGUUAACUUUGGGAGAAAAUAGCCAUUCAGUGCUGUUACAGCGGCGGCGUAGUCCGUUGCUUCGCCGGUGUUCGCGAGAGUAGAGAAGAUUUCUUGCACAUCUUGUCCCGCUAAAUGGAGUAGCAUAGCUCUUCUUCGUUGUCUGGUUGUUGUAUUUGUACCUUCAGUGAUAAUCAGACCUUUGCCAUCGGCAAACAAUUCAAAAGAUGUGAACCAUCGCGUCCAACGUGGUCCUAACGUGGUAGGUUCCGAGUGACAAUCGAACUUAGGAAUCCCAUUGGAAGCGCCAUUUUCGCUCAAAGACAUCUUGUGUCUCACAGAAUUAUCCUCGUCGCCAAUGUUGUAUCCUCCUAAUGCAUAUACUAUGCCUUGGAUUCGUACAGAUAAGAUUUACACACUCAUCGACCAUGUGCUUCUUCUUUUAUUACCUACUUCAUAUAUGAGUACAUGAAGCCUGUCUGCGCUCAGUACGUCAUGUAAUACAUGACACAUGCAUAAUCCAACAGGAAUGGCGAGACUGUGGCAACUGAUUAUUAAUUUUACUUGCUUGUAUUUGUAGGUAUUCAAAGGAAAUAAAGACAGGGACAGCAUUGUUUAUCACCAGUUAAACCCACCCAUCAAAGCUCGCUACAUUAAACUCCGACCAACAGCAUGGUAUGGUCAUAUAUCACUAAGAAUGGAGUUGUAUGGUUGCUCAGUAGGUAUGAUUGUUGUCUUACACUUGUUUUGGCACUGAAAGUUAGAAGGGUGAAACGUACAUGUUUUGAUUACCAGUGUAAUGCUGAAAUGUGGAUUCUGGAGGAAACGCUAAAUUGUAAAAUUUAUAACUUUUUUUUGGUAUUUAAUGUUGCUAGUAAGCUUUAGUGGAGAUUCCAGAAUGUCUUCCUUUUGAGGCGGGUCAGUCUGUCCUGGGCUGGCAGCAACAUGGUGCAGGAAAUUUAUUACGGGAUAAGAAAAGCCUUUAGUUUGAUCUGUCUUACAGCGAAGUCCGGGCUCAGAUGGCAUUCCUGUUGAGGUUUUACCGUAAGCGAAAUCAGCGCUCUCUUGCCACCUGCUCCUACGCCGGUGCUGGGAGUGGGUAUGAGUAUGGGCUGGGCUGGGUUGCUUAACCUUGCACGCACAAGAACCAAAAUCAAAGUGUAGUGAGUCGUGGGCCGGGUUGUUCAAAGCUGGGUUAAGAUAACCCAGGGUUAGUUUGAAAUCUGAUUUGAAAUCUGAAAGCUUUAAAAGAAAAUUCAUUAUAAUGUUAUUUGUGUACAAUUUUAAGAUAGGAUGCCCUAAAAAGAACAGAGAAAAUUAUCCAAAAGGGCAUUUGAACAAAGUAAUAAAGAUAGCUAAAUUAAAAUUGAGCCCUGGCUGAGUUCCUUGCUAAUCGGCCUUGUAACAGUCUUUGCCGCUCUGACGUCCCACAUUUAGGUGGGCCUUUAGUUUCCAUCAUUUCCAUUACUCCUGCGUUUUGACUUUUUCUACGAAUAAAAUUCGCCUUUAGCUACCUUGAACUUAACCCAGUCGCUUGUUAAUUCCUUUUAAAACAACCUGCAUUUUAUUACUUAUUUUUCACACGCAGGGCAAAGUCUAGAUGGGCAACAACUAAUCAAGGAGCCCUCUCUGAUAUUAUCGUUUGCUCUUGUUCAGUGUAUCUUCACUUAUUCGAGAUCGCAUUAUAUCUUUGGUUAUGGUCUAGUAGAGGUACAACAGAGUUUCAAUUUGCUUUUCGUAGUAAAAUUACGCGGAAUUUUUUUUUAGGCAACUUAUUAUAGACGAAUAAUUUUGAUUUUCUCUAUGUUCGAGGGACGGCGGUAAGUAUUUCUUUUUGCAACCGUUAUUUGGUCUCGUCACGCAACGCACUCUCUCCAACGGGAAAUGGAGGGCGUUGGCUGACGAGAAUAAACAACAGCGGCGAAGUAGACAACAGUAAGCGUGGCACCGAUUUCAUUUUUACUUAGAAAUAUUUAGGUAAUAGACCACAAAAUAUCUGUGUGAGUUCAGAUAAAUUAGGUUUUUUCUGUCUUUCUCUUAAGGUGAAGUGAUGCGAUAUUUUCGUUCUUUUGAAAGUUAUGCUCUUUUCAGUUACAAAACUGAAAACAUUAAGUAUACAAACUGUCGCCUCUCGACCCACACAGCAAAAAAAUUAACUUUUGCAUGCUACGCAUGCCUAUGUUCUAAUUUGUGUCAACUUACUUGUUUCGAAUCAGUUAUUUCAGUUUUUUUUUGGUUUAUACAUAUUUCCAAUCGAGAUUGUAUGUACUAUCCGAUUCUAAAAUUUUGUAUGUUUAUACUACUAUACUUGUAUAUUUUCACUAAAAGCUCCUGGAGUAAAUGUCCUCUGCGGCGAUAAAACCAUGACCAUUGUCAUCCCAAAGACCCUCCUCCGUGGUCUUGAUUUAAAGAAUCUUCGACUCCUGGACACCAAAUGUAAAGGCAAAGAAGGACGGACCCACCUUAGCGUUACAACAUCAUUGACGGGCUGUAAAACUGUCAGCAGAUAUACACCCACAGCUAUCAUCUACUCCAACACACUGAAAAUACCCGUGGCCGCUAAAAGUGCUGUAACACGCGUACAUGACAUAAAAGUGCAGUUCAGCUGCUAUUACUCAGCGCAUGGUAUAGUUUCAUCGCUUGGUUGGACGCCAAUUAAAACAACACUUGAGCUUCGAGAAGAGGCCAAAGGGAACUUGACACUGUCGUUGAGAAUGUUUCACAACAAGGCAUUUGUGAAUCCUUACACGAAAGUUGAUUUCCCUGUUGCUGUGGAGCUGCAUAGGCGAUUGUACUUUGAGGUAUCCGUGGCAACAGAUGACAAAAAGCUGUCAGUCAGGGUUGAUCGAUGUUAUGCCACGCCCACCCGGGAUCAAAAGAAUUCUCUGAAAUAUGAGUUUAUAAAGAAAGGGUAUGUUUAGUAAUAAAUUUUUUGGACACUUAAUUUCUACUCCUUUUGAAAAAUUACUCUUGGUUUAUUUUGCGGUCACUUGAGACGUUUUCCUAAGCAACUAAUAGUUAGUUACAAGUAAGUAAAAUUGGAAACACUUCGCAAUCUUGAAUUCCAUGAUGAUCAACAUAAGUUAAAAAAAAAAAACUUUUGUUAAGGAUAUUCUUAGGCAUAAUUUCACCUUGAUCAAGGAAAUUUGCUUUACUUUAGCUGCCCAAGUGACGUAACGGUGAAAUAUCAUUCAUCGCCUUCUUCUCGUGCUCAGCGGUUCAGCGUGGAAGCCUUUAAGUUCAUUAGUGCUCAUCCCUUUGUUUUCGUCCACUGCCAAGUGACUGUAUGCAAUGCAACCAACCCAGGUUCCAAAUGCUCGAUGAAAUGUCCUUCAAGUGGCCGAGGGAAACGUGAGCUGAGUGAUAACGUGACUUACGACGUGUACUCUUUAGUCCAGGGACCCCUGCACCUGACGCACGAGAAAAGAAAGGAGAACGGCGGGAGAAUACUGGGUGAGACUGGUACGUAGAUGAGCUGUUUCCGGGGACACAUAUUAGGGAUGCAUCCUGAGGAUAAAUUCUACCCCGGCCCCCAGUACCCCAUGGAUCCCCAUGGACCCCUCAAGAUUUUUCUGAUGACUUUCCCCAUUCCCAAAAUGAUUCACCCUUCUUUGUUUGUAUAUUUUUUUCCCGACCUAAUUACAAACUUAUUGUUACGACAUCUUAAACCAGCAUGGUACAGUAUGACGCUUCGCAAGUGAGGAUUUUUCGACUUUGCAGUGAAAUUUCUUUUGAAUUAAGUCUAAAUUCCCCCUUUUCUGUGACAUCCCUAGGUUCCAGUCCUCACAUUCCGGAGGCUCUGUCCGCUGACAAUCAUCACAAGUAGCUUCAAACUCAUUUACACUUGGACUUGACCUGGACUUGAACCACUGAAGGAUGUUUGAGCUGGAUAUUCGUGUAAAGGGUGUUUAACAAGUUCGUGCUCAUUUUUUAAAAAAGGCUAUAUCUUACUUAUUUUCGCAUUCUGGAAGCCGUAUCUUUAAAAAAAACAAUUACCUGAAUUUACAAAAGUUUAUUUUUACAGAAAUAAUUUCUGUGGUGGCGAACCGACCAUUAAAAAGCACUCGCUUUUCACGUAAGAAAAUUUUUUUUUUUUUUUUUUAUUAUUAAUUUUUAUAUUAUUACUUCAAGGUAACUGAAGAAACGUAUUUGUGCUAAAUCCUGUUAUCCUUCUACUUCUCUAGCUCAAGCAUACCUCUUAUUUUAAGACGCUGAAUAAUCUCAAAACUGACGAAAAAAAAUAUGCGGAACAACAUCAACAGCAAAACAAAUGUAACUUACAAACAGUUUUGUUAUUUAAGUUCGGUUUUGAGAUUACUCACUGAUCUAACUCAAACAGGACUGUCGAAAAGAUUUGAUUUAUGUAAGGGUGCCUGCGCCUAUAUUUUUCAGUUCUCCUUUUGUAGUACGGGAUGACAGAACUGGCUCUUCAAUCAGCUGUUAGUCGAAAAGGGAUUGUGACUGAAAGGAUUUUUAAACCCGUCUUUAGAGGAGCUAAGAUGGUUUAAAUACUUUUCUCUUUUAACGUUAAAAGGCGCGUUACAAGAGACGAUAACCACUGAAUGCUAGUUUGCUGAGUUAUAGAAAAACUCAGCAGCACUUUUCUAGGAAAUGAAGAUGGUUUAGGAUUGGCCAUCCUUAGAAGCAUUGCAGGUGAUCAAGUUAAGAAUUAAUAGUAUGACAUCUUACUAAUGAGCCAGCAGCUUUAAACGUUAAUGAUGCCGCAUAUAGUACUGUGAUGGGACGGCAAGCAGAAGGUUACUGGACACGAAGAAUUAGAACUUUCCUAUUAAGGCGCUAGCACAAGACAAUAAUCCAAGAUUGAUUGAAGCUUCUGUUUUUGCCAGUCUUUGAAAAUUGAAAAAUAACUGCAUUAAGCUUUUGAGGUACGGGAUAUUGAAUCGAGGUUUUAAGUUUUACGGUAAUGAUGAAGAGUUAAUAAGGAACAUCAGCUGGUUGACAGAGCCUUUUUCUCAAGUUUAAUAUUUUAUUUUAAAGAAAUGGUGAAGGGAAAUGAUGUGGGUAUUAACUUACACAUAAAAACAGACAGUGCUCUUACAUACACGAGUGAUUGGAUGUUACGAGAGCAUGAGGUUGACCAUAAUGGAUAAGAUGUUUUCAUCUCGGAAACUCUCUGCUCAAGAUAUUUUUGAUGUGGUGUUCAGUUAAUACUUAGGUAUCCUGCUAGGGAGCUGUUGCUUGAAAGUAAAAUAAAUUGAAGAAACAGAAUUUUGCCCUCAUUUAUUAGAUCACAUUCAAGACGUAAAAUGACUCGUUGAGCCUUUGGAAAAAAAAAAGCGGGAAAGGUUGAAUCAUUACCUUCGUCAUUGUCGUUAUCAUUUGUAAAUCAUUUGAGCUUUUCUCGUAAUUGGAAUAUGUUUCUUAACAUACAAUAGAGAUGUUAUCUCGCCAGCUUUAGGUUCAGCAAUCAUCAGCCUCAUUUCCUUGUUUACCUACUCACUUAGUUUUCCACUUAGUUAAGGAGUCUCCAACGUUGCCCAAAUCAGAGUGGCAGUCAAGUAUUUGCACAACGUAUUCGUAAUGUUAUAAGUGAUUUGGGAGAGAUUUGUCAUCUACUUUUUCCCUUCCUUGUGGACUUUUAAAGUCAUCGAAAUCGUUCACUAGGCUUUGUAUCGUGAUAGCACGGUGCCGUUCAUAGCUGAAAGAUGUUUUGUGACGUGUCUUUAAAUUUUGAGCUGUUCAAAAACUGCAAAUUAUGGAAAGAUUGUCAAAACGGACUUACAGUUAAAACCUACUAUUUUAGCGUACGUCUCUUAAAUUGUUGAUAAGUCAGGUAACUUUCGAAACACUGCGAGUUGCAGAACGUGAUCAAACUGUAGUUUUGAGUACUCCAUUUCAGUCUAAUUUUUUUUCACCCAAGAUCCUGUGAGCCAUUUGUGGGAAAUAACGCCGGGGGGUGGGUGCACGCCUUCGCUUCGCUCACUGCUCACGCUUUAAAUGGGAAAUGAACGUUAGCUCUUUAUCAAUUGUUCCCGAAAUGCAUCAUCAGAAGUGUUUUCAUCUAAUCGUUUACCCGUUUCGUAAUUAUUUGGUUUACUGACAAUCCCAUUCCUUGCAAUUGAAAACUUUAUUCUACGGCCCCCCUCAUAGGCAUUCACGCUAAACGGAACUUUUUUUACAUUUCCAUUUGUAACCUACAUUUUAUUCACUUGUGCCAUAAGAUUCUUUCUCUUCCUAUCAUCUUUACCUCUUUCCCUUUAUCAAAGGUGGUACUUGCCACCCACGAUAGAUUGCCGGUAUCUGAUGAAAAGUCAGACCAACGGGAUUCGAAGCCGUUUAUCCUAACAAAUUCUUGUUCCUCCGCAUUUUUUGAGAAAACUCGGCGGCGUUCUCUGAAAUCGUUCUCUGCAAUCAGAACGACCUCGCACACGCGUUAGAAGAAUAAAAAUUUUUUGUCUACUUAUAAUGAUCUCGUAGCCAUAUCGCUUGCUUCAUGCAUACAUUCCUAAAAUAGUACAAAGAUUUUAAUGUGAGUUUGUUGACCGCCCCUACACGAUUAAGAGCUUCUUCUAAAGGAAAUUCUGUCUUAUCCGGAGGAAACACGGAUCGUUGAUUAAGUGAUGGAGAAACUUAGCAGAAAAGGAGUUACAUUGAAAUUUCAACAAUGUCCAGGAGAAUUCAUCCCCACGAUUUUUCUUCGCAAAAGGAGCACAGGAGGAUAUGGAGUUAACCUCAAUUUGAAGAACGUAAGUAAAUUUAUUAGUAACCAUCAUUUCAAAAAUAGAACAGAAGAAUAUAGCGUCAUCCAUAAUUUGAAGAACUUAAAUCCAUGUAUCAGAAAACAAUAAUUUCAAAUUAGAAAGCUUGACUUCAGCGGUCUGUCUUAUGACACGUGGGUGUUACACGACAUCUGAAAAUUACGAGAUUCCUCUUACUCUGUCCCAGUUGACAAGAACUGCGGAAACUAUUUAAAGUUCUCUUGGAAGGGGGAUUGUUUUAGUUUACCUGCCUUCCCAACGGUCUGGAAUCUGCUCUACGAGUUUUUUGCCAAACUGCUUAACCUUUCACAUUAGUAUGCAAAUUCUCCUCACUGUUCUUUAUAUAUUUCCUAAUGUGCUGACAAGGAGAAUUUGUUUGCUAAUCAAAAGAUUCCUUCCCUGGAGACCAUUUCCUUUAUUCUUAAGACCUUAAUGCGUGAUUCAGGGGUGACAUUGUAAAGAUAAAUUAGAUGCUAGUUACUUUGAGGGUAUAAAGGUUUAAACCUGUUUAUUCUAUAAGACUGGGGAGGGAAAGAAAUUUGUACCAAGGGGGCGGUCGACGGUCAAAAAUAAGAAGAGGGUAGGGGUGGAGGAGUGAAGAUUUCCCCGCCCCCCUUCCUGCAUCAAACAAAACAUGGCCGGUUGAAUAAACGAUCGCGAGCUAGUUAACGUUAACUCGCCCUCAUAAGACGCCUGCACUAAAGGCUACCCCUAUUCUGCUUUAGUUAUAGCACUGUUGAGAUCAACUGUGGGGGUUCAUCUUCCUUUGAUUUCUCACUUAAAGCCUCAUUGCAAAAACAGUGGUCUUCGUCUCAGUCUUUCAUUCAUAUUAUGUCCACGUGAAUGCACAGUUCCUUCAAACGAAUGAUCUCGUCAUAAAUGUGACCCUCUACGGGAAAACAGAGAAUAAGGUGAACGCAAGGCAGCGAUUGCUAGGCUGGUCGCUCUAGUCAGGAAGGAUCAAGAGACAACAAGUCCUUUUCCAGUCUUCUUGGUUCUCUUCAAAUAAAAUCAUUAAAGCUUUGUUUUGCUCAUUCUGCUUUUUCCAAAAAAGAAAUAUCGGUAAGCGCCCUGUCCUUGAUAAGCGCCCUGUCCCUAAUUACCGCCUUGCCUCGAAUGAGCGCCCUCCUUUGAGGUACCAAAAGUAAAUAAGCGCCCCGAGCGCUAAAUCGAAUCAUUACGGUGAAUGCCGCGGCUGAAAUUAUACAGGGUCUAUGAACACGCUUAUUAAAAUAUCAAAUCAUACACAUAUACCCAAAGAAAACUGUCUAUCAGCCCUUUCACUAACAGAAGGGAAUCACAUUCAGCUCCUCCUUACAAUAACCUCACGUCAUCCGACAAAAAUGUGUAAUGAGAAUAGUCAAAUAUAUCCGCUACAUGCUAGUUUUACCUCGGUAUAAAAAAAUGAUUGGAAGCUACAAUCGUGAAUUAAUAAUCACAUCUUGGAAAAAAAUAUACUUAAAAUCAUGAGGUUGAGGGUCAGUGAUGAUUAGCCUAGAACCAUGAAUGAGAUUGUUACAAAAGAACAAAAUUCCUAAAUUGAUAUGAUUUGUUCACCAAGAAAAACCGAAACUACAUUACAUUCGUUUGAGUAUGUUUCAGGGUCUAAAAAGACCUAAAGUGAAAAACUCGACUAAGUGGCAUAAAAACGUCGCCAACAAGGCCUAAAACCUAAUUACCUAAAACGUAUUAUGUGUUAAACUGUUUUAUAAGUAAUUUCUUAAGGAAAAAAAGAAAACUCACAUAGCAAACAAUCCAGAAAAAAGACGAAAUCAGAUUAUACACUUUGCAGUAGACCUCUCUUGAAAGUAGGAUUGUUCAAAACUUUACGCCCAAACCAAGAGAAAGUAAGGGGGUUAUUUUCUCAGGCCUGAGUUGAUUCCGCAAAAUGAACGUGGAAACAAGUCAAGAACAUUUGCAUCUGUUUUAUAGAACAAUCAAUCGAUAUCCUAUUUUAUAAUCCAUGACGCCGGACUCUAGCUUGACGUAUGAAGGUCCUAGAGCUGCAAUGCGUCCUUCAGUGCUCACUGCAAUCUUAUACAGGAAAUAGCCACUUUUGUAGAUAAAAACGCUUCGUACAAACUCACCAUCUUUGGUGUAUAUUCCAAUACAGAGGAGCUCUUUUUUCAUCGUCAGUACUAGCCAAGACGACUUGUUGACUUUCCCUGUGAAAUGCAAUGUUUGGAAAGUGAACAAACCCUUUGAGAUCAAACUUACUUAGAUGAUCACCGAGUUCGCUAAAUAUGUGUACACAGUGGGAAGGCGUUUGGUCCACCACCAUAACUCUGCCAUCACUUACAGUGCUGAUGUCUCGCGGGCUCUUCAAAUUUUGUUCUCCAAAACUGCAAACAAACUGACCAUCAGUCUCGUAUAGAUCCAAAAAAUGAUAGUCCUUUGUAUAAUUGCCUUUCAAUACCAUCACUUUGCCACUAUCACUAACUGACAGUUUACACAGAUUGCACUCGAGGUCCAUUGUCCUCUCGCGAAACUUGUGAUACUGGUCAGCGGAUUUAUCAAACUUAAAAAUCCAACGCUGAUGAUUCUUUUCUUCAACCAGCACAUAAAUGUUGUCGUUUAUGUCUGUCGCCAGUUUAACCUUCCAGUUUUCUGUAAAUAGCUCUUUACCAUUGUCAUCAAUAAGAGGAGGAAGUCUGAAACACUUCACAAAUUUGCCACUAUUGUCAAACACCUUGAUUGUCAAGUCAUAGUCGGCUACAAUAUAUUGCCCGCUUGCGUUGGUAGCGAUAUCUAGUGGAUUUUUUAUCCUGUGCUCCUUCUCACCAUCCUGACCAAUUGUCCAUGAUAGAUCAUACUGCUCCAUACCUUGUUCACGUAGUAAUAGAGCCAGUCUCCUGUCAUGCAGUAAGUCAACUUUCUCAUCUCCUGUAUCGACAUUGGGCCACUCCAGGAGUAGAAGCCCUCUGCUGCAUAUAGCUUGUGUGACAUCGAAGGCGACACGAUUGACGCGACAGACACCGGAAAUGAUUUUUACUCGUUCUUCUUGGUAAAACAAACCCAUCACCGCACUGAUUCCUGUCUUGAGCUGUACUUUAAAGCUUUGCUGAACCGUUGGAAGACCGUUUAGCUCUUUAAUACAUACUUUACACGGUGCUACAGCAUCGGAUGGAUUCUCUAUUGCCUCUAAUACUGUUGCCAUCACUCGGUACUGCAUUGCUAAAAUGCGGUCAAUUGUUGAUAGUGCUUCAUUUGAAAAUGCUAUCGUUGCCAUUUCACGGGCACGUUCGAAUCUCUUCUUCGCAGUAGAAAGCUUUCUUGUGGCAGAUUCAGUAAGCUCCAAAUUUCGCAUUCUUUCAGUAAGCGACACAACUUCCGCACAAGUCGCUUGUGCUGUAUCCGCGCCAAACUCACUCUUCGACCUUGUCUCGUCAAAUCCUUCAUACAACAACUCGAUUCCUUCUCUAAAGAAGCUGAUACUUGCUAGCAAAUCUUUUCUUGAUAAUCCAUCCAACUUGGAGCUCAUGUCGUCGAUUUCACUCAUGAUGAUGUUACGAAAUUGUUUAUGUGUUACAUCGCUUAGCUUUUCGACUGCUUUAUCUCUGCCUUUAUGCACAAGCCAUCCAAAAGUCGCUUGAAAAACUGCAAUGGGGAUCACGGCCAUGAUAGCAAUUGAGGAAAAUCAGAGGAAAAAUACGUUUUUAACGGGACUCGAUAGAAGUUCCUUGUCUACGACAAGUGAGUGUAACAUUAGGAUUAUCGAAUUCCUCAGCCGUCAGCAACACUAUUGGCAGUUGUGUUAAUCUGCAGAGCAGCCAGCUGUGUCACUCGAAACCAAGGUCAACACUGCGGUUUAAUUUGUAAUUACACCGGUGCGAUAAAGGUUACGCUUGUGAUCGUGGAUUGAGGAGUUUGGAGUGUGGACAUAAGAGGUAGAAAAUAAAAAAAAAAUUUAAAAAGAAAUGCACGAAUAAACAAAGAAAAAAAAGCGAAAGGAAGGCCAUGAUGUUAAAAUGAAAAGGCAAGUCUUGGCAGUUUCAAGAAAAAAAAAGAAAAGAGCCUCUCCAUGUACCGUUCUCGGCAAAUUAUUUCCCCCACAAUGUUCUCUCGCUCUACAGAUUAGACAUAAUUCGUGGAUUUAUUCCACAUUUCAAACUAAGUUGUAAACUGAGAUGGUCUAAGAAACUGAUCCCAUAAAGAAGCUCUAGUGGGGGUCUAUCCUACUUUAAUAAAUUUUGUUAUUGUUUUUGUUCGUUUGGUGAGGUUCAUGUUCUGUUUUCUUAAAAUAAGCUUCCAUUUUUUCAUCAUUUAUCUCCUUAUUCAUUUGUUUCUUGUGUCAAUUCAAAACUGUUCCAAAAAGAGAUCAUAGACAGUUUGUAUUCUUUUGGUUCCAUACUUAAGCUCAUCUAAAACUUGGUUUUGAUCUCUAUGAAUCCACUUUAACUUUAAGAUAAAACUAUCCUGGACCCAACACCUAAAAGAAUUGGUAUUUUUAAAAUGAGUUCUUCGAGGCAUAUGUUCUUUGAUGAAUUAAAUCAAUUUUUUAGUCUGUCAUUUGGUUUUGAACGUUUUUCUUUCUUGCGGGAAGAAGGAGGAGCAUCCUAACGUGACUCAUUGUUUCAAAGCCUAUAAAUGUGCGAAUGCUUCAAUUUAUAUUUCCAGUUUUAAAGUACUUCGUCAUUCCGCAAUCCACUGUCGUCAACCAAUUUUUCUUGAUCUGCAGUCCCGCCCCACGUGAUGUUCUACUUUUGACCUUGGAACCGAAAUAAUGGUCGCUUUACUUUAAAGUCGGAAAGUUACAUUAUACGAUCCCGUCCGUUUGCAGCGUAAGCAGCUUCCCUAGAUUCGGAAGCAAUGAACAGAAACCUCAACAAGUAAAAAGGGACGAUACAAACACCAACAGGGAUUGAAAAACAUUAUCGAAAAAGAAGGAAGUAAUUAGAUUAAUUAUGUUAGAUUAAAAAUGUUUCUAAAUUAUUUUUUACCUCAGGGAUUGGGUGACGAUUAAGAGGUCAACUGCUUUACAUGAUAUUUUGUCUCUGCUUUAUAAGAUGAAUUGCGUUGCGACUGCAGAAGGCGGCCUCCGAUAGAAGUGGUUCUUCAUUGUAUAAAGCCCAAGUCAUAAUCACCUCUCGCCUCUUACCACUAGCAAGUCUCUGCAGACUCAAGGAAUAAAUUUACUGAGCUACUCUUUCAACUUAUCACCAAUCUUCACACUACUCUCAUAUUAGCUUUACGUGUUGGUAUUUCAGAAAUUAACGAAAUGACUGGUGGCUUUGUUUGAGUUGGGUAAACUUAGCAAAACUGCCGGGGAGAACUUAUGACUAUAUCCACUGUGCAGCUCUUGAAUUUCUUGAGAGAUGUACUGAAGCUCCAUAGCUCUAAAAGUUUAAUUCAUUUUCAUAUUUACUCAAUUCUCCUCUUUCUGCUUGGCCUAAAAACUGGGCCGUGUGACCCUUUAGGUUGAAGAAGUUGUCUUUGAAUAUACUACCCGAACAUUAUCAAUUGAAAAGAGAAAGAACCAACGAAUUCAAAAAUUUCUCAAGAAGCAAAACAAAUGGAGGGAAACAGAAAAGAGGCAGGUCAAAAUCAGUACCAGCUUUUAAGCAUGUCUACGAAUAACAGUCGACCAGAAGCUAUAAACAGUCGCAACAGAAAUAAACAGCUUUAAACCUGAUCAUUGAUUAGUAACUCAAUAUAUCAUGACUCACAAGAUGAACUCAAGCUGAUAAACAACACAAAAAAAUCACAAUGAUCAUUCAAUGAUAAUUCAUUCUUCCUCAUCAAUUCAGAAUUUUUUUUAAAAGGUACGGGAGGUUGGAGGCUGUGUGGCAAGAGUUGUAUUCGAAGUUCAGCGAAAUCAUACAAAAAAGAAGAACAUAAGGGAAAACACGAACAAAUUCAGCAAGUGGUAAGAUUUACUGGUAAUUGAUUAUAAUUCAGCUUUCACUAGAUCCAAAAAAAUGACAUUCUUUAUUAACGGGCAAGAGUUCCAUCUUGCCCGCUUGAGUAACCGACCAGAGCAAAGGACUCACAUCAUCUCACCCACGUGAUCUGCCAGCUAUGAAAUAAUUAGCAUUUACUGACAAGUUUGAUUUGAUCUCCAAGAAUCAUUAUACUAUUUCUUUUACCAUCUAAAUUUGUCACGCGUCAAAAAUUCACUGCAGAAAUUGGUCUUGUUUGAAAAUUGUCACGCAGGAAACAACAGCUAAAUAAAAUACUAAAUUUGAUACAUUCGACAACAAAUUAAAAGCUAAAGUGUUCAAAACUACUUAAGCAAACAUUACGCCUAUCAAAACAAUAACAGUCCACGCAUUAUGCUUAAAAGACUGAUAAAAGCUAAGGUUAAAAUUAUCAAAAGAUAGGAACACCAUGUUUAAAAUAUAAAAUUACGCACAUAUAUGUGAGAGAGACUGGAUAUCAGCCGCUUUCACUUACAGAAGAGAAUCACAUUCAAGUUCUCCUUACAAUAUCCAUACAUUAUCCAGUAAACUAGUAAUGAGAAUAAACAAAUAUCUCAGCUUAUAGCUGUGUCAGACGUGUCACCUUGCCAUGACAUAAGAGAAUAUUUCCUCCCAUUACAAGGAGAUGUAUGGCAGUUGCAAUGUCCAAUUUUAUCACUAUAUCUAUAGAAGUGAGGACCACAAGGCUGGUUUCCAAAUAAGCAUCAUAUCUCUGGCUAAGCCUGGAGUCAUCAAUAAAGUUCCUACAUGAUCAAUGAUGUAAUACUUAUUUUCCAAGAAAAUUUCAAAACUGCAUUGCAUUUGUUCAAUUAAAUUCCAACGCAUCAAAAGUUAAUAAAUUGAGGCUAUAAAAGCUUUCAUUUUAGGCAUAAAACUUUUGUCUCAAGCUACAUCAUGCCGUGUGAAAAAUAAAGGCAUUGUGCUUAUUAUGUUAAUUGCAUGAUUAUUGAUACAAAACACCAAUUUAUCGUUAAUAAUAAUUAGUUAGUAAACUAAACGUGAAAAUAAGAAGAGGAAAUCAUUGUGUUUUUUAAAUGAUGAUUACUUUUUUUCCUAAAUUUAGACUCCAGAUUGCUAAUGCAAUGCGUCCCUCAGUGGUCAAUGCAAUCCCCUCCAGAGAAGAGGGCUCUCCCAUAUGGAAAAGAGUACUUCGCACAAACUCACCAUCUUUGGUGUAUAUUUCUAUAUAAAAGAUGUCUGGAAAAAGUCCCUGCCCACCGACCACGACGACUUGUUGACUUUCCCUGUGAAAUGCUAUUUUAGGAGUGUCCAGGGACCUUUGCAGAUCAAACUUGUUUAGAAAACCACCUUGUUCGCUGCGUAUGUGAACAUCUGUUGGAUUACAUCCUUGCACCACCAUAACUCUGUUAUCACUUACAGUAGUGAUGUCGCACCUGAUAGUCAAGUUUUGUCCUCCAAAACUGCAAACAAACUGACCAUUAUUCUCAUAAACAUCCACAAUAUAACAUCCCUUCUUCCAGUCACUCUUUAGUACCACCACUGUACCACUAUCACUGACUGACAGUAUACACUGCUGAAAUUCGCAGCCCAUUGUCGUGACGCGAAACUUGUGAUGUUGGUCAGCGGUUUUGUUAAACUUAAAAAUCCAGUAUGGGUCCUCACCACUCUUUUCUUCGACCAUGACAUAAAUGUUGUCAUUCAUGUCUGUGGCCAGCCGAACCGCUUGGGUUUUAAUCGAUAGCUCUUUAUCGCUGUCAUCAAUGAGAGGAGGAAGUCUGAAACGUUUCACAAACUUGCCACUGUUGUUAAACACCUUGAUUGUCGAGUCAUCGUCUGCCACAAUAUAUUGCCCGCUUGAGUUGGUAGCGAUAGCAUGCGGAUAAAUUUACCCGCGCUCCUCUCCGCCAUCAUGACCAAGUAUCCAUGGUACACUACAGUUCUCAAUACCCUGUUUACAAAGUAUUUUUGUUACUCUCCGAUCUCGCAGCAGAUCAACUUUCUCCUUUCCUGUAUCAAUCAUAGGCAAUGGUAGGAAUGGUUCUUUUGUAAAUGAUUCUUUUACGGAUACUGUGUGUGUGACAUCGUAGGCGACACGAUUGACAAGACAGACACCGGAAAUAACUUUCCGUCGUUCUUCUUUAUGAAAUAAACUCUUUAUUGCCCUGAUUCCUGUCUUGAGCUGUUCUUGAAGACUUUGCUUAACCACUGGCAGACCGUUUAGCUCUUCAAUACACACUUUACAUGGUGCUACAGCAUCCUCGGGAUGGUCUAUUGUUUCUAAUAUUGUUGCCAUCACUCGGUACUGCAUUGCUAAGAUGCGGUCAUUUGGUGAUAGCGCUUCAUUCGAAAAGGCAUCUGUUGCUCUUUCACGAGCACGUUCGAAUCUCUUCUUUGCAUUGGAGAGCUUUCUUGCGGCAGACUCGGUAAGCUCCAAAUGUUUCAUUCCUUCAGUGAGCGACACAGCUUCCGCACAAGCUGCUUGUGCUGUAUCCGCGCCAUACUCACUCCUCGACCUUGUCUCUUCAAAUACUUCAUACAACAACUCGAUUCCUUCUCUAAAGAAUCCAAUACUGGCUAACAAAUCUUUCCUUGAUAAUCCAUCCAGCUUGGACUUCAUGUCAUCGAUUUCACGCACGAUGAUGUUACGAAACUGUUGAUCUGUAACGUCGCCAUCUUUAAGCUUUUCUGCUGCCUCAUUUCUGCCUUUAUCCACAAGCCAUCCAAUAGUCGCUUUGAAAACUGCUGUUAUGAUUGCAGACAUAAUGGCAGCUUGGAACUUAGUAAUCGGAAGAAACUGGGAGCUUUUUUCAGCGAAUCUUCACGAUAAGUAACUUCUCCAGCGUCGAUGAACGGAAAGGAAAAAACAAACGAUGGCAAAAUUUCAAGAAUGAUCGCAAUUUUUGGAAUGAUAAUUACUGUCAGCCCAAAAAAUGAAACAAAACAGAACAUAAAAAAGAGAAAGCUACCAAGGAAUGAUGGUGUGAAGAUUUAUAGCCUCUUCAAAGAAUCUAUGGUAAAAAAUAUAUUUCUGUUUGAAAAAUAGGCCGUUGUGGUCUUAAGUUCUUCUUUUCGCUGACGAAUGAUAAUGUAAGCAUCAGAAAUCCCUGACUGGUAUCAACAAAAGUGCAAUUUAAAGCUCUUUUUGAAAAAUGUUUUGUUUAGUGAAAUGUUGCUCGUGAUUAUUGAGUACUGAGAAAUUUCAAUCACGUUCCGGCAUCAUUCGACUUCUCAAAGGAAAUGUUGUUUGAUGCCCGAGGCGAAAAAGGAUGAUAAUUGUUCAUUAAUCUUCCUUAGUUCUUAGCUUUGUUCUCAGCUGUGAUGUGUUUUAGAGUUUAUUCUUUUAUUUUUUGUUCUUUCUUUAUCUUGUUACCCGAAUAUAGCUGUUAUACUACAACUGGAGUUAAAACGGGUUCCUUCAACCAAAUUUGUAUUCGGCUACUCAUCGGGUUUCGGCCCUACACACUUACGAUCUAGUUUACUUUUGGAAUCAUUGAAAUCCCUUCGCACGGCAUGGGUUGAAAAGCGAGCCGUGUGAACUCGGAGGGUGAAAGACUGAGUUUUUAUUUAUAGACUCAAACCCAUAGGCUAAAUCAUGAUUUCAAACCAGAUGAUAUCGUUUUCGCCCAGCUUUGCACUUUACAGUUGACAAAGAAAGGCUAUUGAACAUCACAAUUUUGUUGUGAAUAAUAUGUCUCUCAUGCACGUCACUGCUGUUAGCCUUAUUUGAGUGUUUUAUGCGUCAGUAAGUAUUGCAAUGUAAUCUUUUGAGGUUUUAUGCAUCAGUAAGUAUUGCAAUGUAAUCAGAUGAUUAGAAAGUGAAAAUGCAAGGCGAGCCACUCAGAACAAAACACAAUAUAAAUCACUUAACUUUUUUCAGCAGCGUGUUUCUUUUGACAGUAAGUUUAACCAAUUAAAAAUAGUUAUUGCUCUUCAUAACAUCAACAAAUAUUUAGCAAGAUAAGGAAAUAAAACUGUGAGUUUCUUGUUCUGACUCGAAAAAAUUAAAGGAAUCUUCCAUUUUUUAUAGGUUGUACCACGUGCGCCAGUCUAUCGCGUCCUAUUAUAUGGUCAUGUUAAAAUACUUUUUGACCGAGUUUGACUUGGCCGAAUUUUUUUUCUGCUUGUUUCUUUUUCCUCUUUUUGUUUCCUCUCGUUUGUUUGUUUUGAUUUUGUUUGGCUUUAUUAAAGUAACACUGAACGUAUAGCGAUGUAUAUACAGAAAGUGUCACCCCUUCCAAAUGGAUAUCACUGGCAAAAUAAAUUUCAGGACGACAGAUAAAUAUUCUCGAAGCUACAUGUACACCAGGUGUUCUUUCCACAUCUUCUGCCCCUAAUCUCCUGGUUCACUUUUUCUCGCCGAUAAUAAAGAACAAUUUAACGAACUUUGAAGUGCCAUGCACGAUGACCUGUCUCAAUUUUAAAAAUUAUUGUGAUAAGAGUUUGAGAUCCCUUUAAUUAGCAAUUAACGAGGAGUUAAGGAAUGUGAGCAAGUGGCUGAUAGUAAAUAAGUUAUCUCUUAACGUCAAAAAUCUAAUUAUGUUAUGUUCAGACCGUACCAAAAGCGUGUUGAUUAUGAAAUGAACAUAAACAUCUUUAAUUAUAGCACCAAUUCCCUUGUCACUCUGGAACCGAAAGACUACAUAAAAUACGUAUAAAUUAAAGGACUAUUGCAUAGACAGCUACUGAACAUUUUGAUGCGAGAGGAUACUUAUAUUGAUGUCCAUACUUUCAUUGAUAAAUUUAGAAAAUUAUAAUCUUUUUUAGUUUUUGUAAUACCUAAUUGGCUUAUCUAUAUCUUAUCGUGCUGUUUUUCAUUGUUCGUGUAUAUGCAUGCUCCUAGUCAUUUCCUCUGUUCAAUUAAACUUGUUAAUAAAGAAUAUAUUUUAAUGUUUGUCGCCCUCCCGCCUCGAUUAGCUUCGCUAUUUUGCGGGUAGAGAUUGUUAGAUAUGUUUUUUAAUUGCUAAAAUAAGAAAAUUUGUCUGUUUUGUUUGUGCGUAAACACAAGGUCCGAUUACUGGCAACUGAACUAAUCUUGAAAAGUUCAUAUGCCCGAAGGCUGCUCGUUGCAUUUGACGCCUCGAGUGGAUCGACGCAUGAACGUUUAACUGAUUGAUUUUCGAAACAGGAAUAAAUCCUUGGGUAACAUAUUAGCGGGCUAUAUCAAACAAGGCCAACUGGGUAAAAGUUUCCUAGUCUCGUCUCUCCUGCGUUUAAGAUUUCAAUUAAUACCUAAUUGGCUUAUCUAUAUCUAAUCGUACUGUUUUUCAUUGUUCGACUACAGACAUGCUCUCCUAGUCAUUUUCUCUAUUCAGUAAAACUUGUCUUUGAAGAAUUUAUUUUUAAUGUUUUUUUCCCUUCCGCCUCAAUAAGCUUCGUUAUUUUGCCGGUAGGGAUUGUUAGAUAUGUACUUAAAUUGCUAAAAUAAACAAAAAAUUGUAUGUGCGCAAACACAAGGAUCCGAUUACUGGCAAUUGAACUAAUCUUGAAAAGUUUAAUGUGGGCUGCCCGUUCAUUUGAUUCUUCCAAAUGAUCGACGCAUGAACGUUUGGCUGAUUGAUUUUCAGGACAGGAAUAGACCCGUUAUAACAUAUUAGAAGGCUAUAUCAAACAAGGCUAUCUGAGUAAAAGGUUCAUCACUGCGUCUCUCCUGCGUUUAAGAUUAUUUUCAACUGAAGUAACUCAGAGUGGUUUCUCGACAUUCAUUCAAAGCAGAGUCGCGAGCACUUUGCAUUCCGUUAUUUUCGGAAUGGUUUCUACUUACAUGUACAACUGGCCGUUUAUACUCCUGGCGCUUCCGUCGCUUUUUAUCUCAAUCAGUCGCGGUCAUGGUAAGUAGUAAGCCUAAAAAACAAGCCGAGACACUCUUUCAAGGAAGCUAAAAUAGGACAACGGAGUAAAAUUCAAAAGUGAAACACAAUCAUUCCUAAAAAAAAGGUUUCUCAACGGUCGGAUUAGAUAAUCGCAGAUAUAUAUUCUUUUACAGCCUGCGUUUGUUUUUCGAAUUGAAAUCUGACCGAAGUCCUUUUUUCCUCGAGGGAUUCAUCCAAGUAAAGUAGGUUUAGAUGAAAAUCAAUCAGAUUAACAUUUUUUCUCGGAGUGAGCUUGGUUGUAUUACUCAGUUUGGCCGAUUGCAUAUCGAUUUAGGCUUUAGGCUUUGAGUACUAGGAGCGAAGACUCACGCCGAGAAUGGUAGCAAAUAUUGAUAGCUAAAAUGAAACAAACCUUAGAAACCAUGCCAGAUAGUGCUGGAUCAGGCUUACUGUAAUUUGCGAAACGAAACGAAAUGAAAAUCUGUAAUUUGCAAAAUGGAAAUAAUUAAGCUAAUGAUUUGCAAAAUAGAAAGCGCAAAUUAGAGAUUUCUAUUUUGCAAAUCAUUAGUAUAUCUCCAUUUCGCAAAUUGCAGAUUUGUAUUUUGCAAAUCAUUAGCAUAUUUCCAUUUCGCAAAUUACAGAUUUCUAGAAAUCGUUGUCGAUGAAUAAUUCGAAUGCGUGCCAGCACACUUACCUGACCGCAAAUGCACAUGGAAAAUGUCGCAGUGUGUUUCUAGAUGAAAUAUCGUGUUUGCGAAGAAAAUGUAAUUUCGCAAAGUUCACCACGCAGAUUUUUCAAAUCAGUAGCAUAUUUCCAUUUUGCAAAUUACAGAUUUCUAGAAAUCUGUAAUUUGCGAAAUGGAAAUAUGCUAAUGAUGUGCAAAAUAGAAAUCUGUCAUUUGCGAAAUGGAAAUAUGCGAAUGAUGUGCAAAAUAGAAAUCUGUCAUUUGCGAAAUGGAAAUAUGCCAAUGAUUUUUUCUCGGAAUGAGCCCGGUUGUAAUACUCGGUUUUGCCGAUUGCUUAUCGAUUUCGAAAGAUCAACUCAAUGUAUGUUCCUGGAGGCGAUGUGUGCAAUGGGCUCGAGCGAAAUGGUGGCAAAUAUCGAUAACUUAAAUGAAACAAACUUUAGCAAUCCAUGCCAGCUAGUACUGGAUCAUGCAAAGAUGUAAGUGAGUUAGUUGUUGAGGUAAUGAAAAUAUCUGGAAUCGCUGAAUGUCGAAGCCGCAAUUAGGAAAGGUGUUUGCGUGGGUAAUGUAAUUUAAACUGUACGGUUACUCUCCGUUUUUUGUUAUUUACGGUAUUGCCAAACGCGUUAUGUGUCUGAUUUGAAACCUAAUGAGCGUCCGAGUGUUACAGGCACUGUGCGUUCGGAAUUAUACUAAGGCGUCCAAUUAUCCAAUCGAUCAAAAAAAGAGAGAAAAAAGAUUAUAAUGAUAAUAAUGAAAAUAUCAAAUCGAAAUGUUGUUUUUAGGUGGCAUGUACACAUAAAAUUGACUUUGUGGCUGUAAAUUGUGGAAAGAUCGUAUUUUUCUUGACUUUUGGAUGUGUACUGAACCUGUCAUAACAAGUCAUGAUGUGCUUUAGAAUGAAAGUGAAUGACAACCAAACUUUAAUUUAAUGCAUGUACUGUAGUUUUUGAUCUGUCCUAGUCAGACAUGUCACUGAGCUCAACAAUAGAGAACAGUAGAAAAAAAAAACCACAGUUUUAGUUGAAAAAUAAUUUGCCCAAGCAAUGUUCUAUAUCCAAGUAAUAAUGAUUAUAAAUAUGGAUGUUACAAAUAGAAGUUACACAUUAACCAUUUUGAGAGUUUAAGGGUUAACAUUACAUGUACAGAUGGUACAAUUAAACUUUAAUGCUGUCUGCUACAUAUAAUUAUGGUUAAUACAGUUUUCAACAUGUUGAUCUGGAAAGUAACCUGAUCUACAAUUGGAAUUGAUGAUGUUUGGUGCUCAGAAAAUGGUCAGGACUAAAGGUAUACUGCAGACUGCAGAUAGAUCAAACAAGUUUUCAAAAUAAUGAAAGCAUUCAAGAUUAUUAUUAAUAACAUCAGUUUGCUUGAGAAGGAAAAUUUGCACUUUAAAUCACCUAUUUGAACUGAUUCAUAAACAUGAAACAAUGGGCUAAUGUUUGAGAAGAAAUUUCUUUUACAUUUUCCAUUGCAGUCUAGUUAAAAAUUAUUCUUACAAACUAAGCAUACCAUUUUAAAUUUAAAGAUGCCAAAGGCACUAUUAAUCAAUGAAAUCAAUGAUUGUUUAUUUUUGAUGUAAUCUUGCAGAAAUGGAGAAAACCCACAACACAGCUUGAUAUGCAUGCUUAAUAAAUUGUUGUAAACAAAUUUACCCUUGCCACUGAAGUCAAGAAAUACAAUUCUAUUAAAGCAGCAACUGCAGGGCUAUGAAUAGUUUUAUUCCUCUUACAUUCCCAACAAUAUGUGUUUAUUCAUUUAUUUUUGUCAUGUAAAGAAUGUUUAAGUGCUCUUGGUAUGGAGAAUGACCACAUCAAAGAUGCUCAAAUCACUGCAUUUUCACAAUGGGAUGGAAAUCAUGCAGCAAUUCAGAAAAGAUUGAACUUCAAGGCUGGUGGAGGCAAGCAAGGAGGAUGGUCAGCUGGGAAGAAUAAUGGAAAUCAAUGGAUACAGGUGGCUCUUGGCAGUUAUACCAAAUUAACAAGUAUAGCAACACAGGGAAGGAAUGCUCACAGCCAGUGGGUAACGGCAUACAAGCUGCAGUACAGUGAAGAUGGAGUGAACUUUUACUACUAUAAAGUAUCAGGACAGAGUUCACCUAAGGUAUGUCUACUGCCAUGUGUCACCUACUGAAUGAUUUUCAGGUGUAUCCUUUUGGUAUGUGUAGAAAAUGAACCUUUAAAUGAAGGAAAAUCUGUUGAAGUUCAUGUCGUUUCCUUUGAAAAUGGCUUGGGUCACAAGGAGAAUAUUAAAUAGGCUGUCUUUUCAUAAAUAAUACUGGAUGCAGUCUUGUAUAACAUUCUUGAGGGUGCUUUGUUUACAGACUUUAUUUCAUCUAGUUAAAAUUACUGAUGAUCCUUGUAAUCUGAUUGGCUCUCAUUGGCGCAAUUAAUUCAUGUGCUUUAAAUCACAUAUUUUCCCUGCUAAUAAGGAAGCCUUACCAAGACACAACAACCAAUCAGAUUUCAAGACUUGUUUACAAAGAAAGCAAUCAAAUUGCAAGAAAAUGAAAAACAACUUUUGUAACCUUCUACAAACCAGCUCACUACUAGAUCAAUAAAAAUAUUUGUAGACAAAAAUCCUUAUCUGAGGGACUAAAUUUGCAAUUUCAAACUGGACUAGAUAAUUAAGGGGUAAUUGAACUUCAUGUUGUGCAAUUUUUGUCUGAUUUCAAAUCAUGCACAUGAUUUCAGACCUAAUUUUUUCAAAGACCACAAAUUGCACUCACCCUACGGGCUCGUGCAAUUUUGUUAGUCUUCAAAAAAAAUCACUUGUGCCUAUUUAUUCCAAAUUGCACUCGAAAUCAUGUGAUUACUGAGACAAAUUGCACAACACAGAGUUCAAUUAUCAUUAUUUUUUAGGCAACUUAUAACUGAUAAUUACUUUCACAACUAAAAUUAUAUUUUGUCACAGUUAAAUCAUUAUUACAUGAAUUGAAUAAUAUUUUGGCAUCAAAGUGAUGCCAAAAAUGUUGGCAUGUAGGUGAUUGUGCUGUCUAUUCCUAAGCAUGAAGAAAAAAGGAAACUCGAAGGAGGAAAGCCUCUUAAAUCAUGAAACAAAUUACCAUUUAUCUUGUUGUGUGAUAGACCAAAAAAAGAAAGAACUAUUUUUUUGAUGGCCUUAUGACUGUUAGAUGAAUGAUGGCAAUAAAGUUCCCUUAUAUGCUAUUUUUCUGACCUCUAAAUUCAUACAAUCCAGAGUUGAUUUUAAUUAGUGACUAUCACUCAGAAUUGUUUGUCUAUUCUCUAGCGAGUUUACAAUGUAACCUCAGAUUAGUGCUGAGUGUGCUUUAUUAUGUCAUUACAGGUCAAAAUUUCAGUUGGCCAUCACUGCUUUUUCAUCCAGUAAACUUUACAAGCAGCUUGCACUUAGCAAUAACCUUUUGAUUGAUUAUCUUUUCUUUGGUGUUUUUCUCUCCUUCAAAGUCCCACAUGACACCCCAACCUUCUGGCUAAUGGAUUGCAACUAACUGUGACUGGGUAUUAAUGAAAGACCCAGUGCUUUAACUGUAUCAUCCUUCAAAUAAUUAUUACUAGUGUGCACUCAGUGGUUUAAAUCUCCAGAAUAAAGAAAGGGAAUUUUUGUUAUAAUUUUUGGUAUAAUUUCUCCUGACAAUAUCAGUUCUGGAUCAUACACUAAGGUCCUGGGAAUAAAAGUAAUGAUCACUAAGUAAACUAGCUUGUGACUGUUAGACAAAUUCUCCUUGUCAGAACCUUAGGAAAAGUAUACCAAACAGUAUGGAGAAUUUGCAUACUGAUUGUUAGGGGUGCAAAUUAGGGAUUAAAUUAUAUAUAUCUUCUUAACCAUAUAACUAUAUAUAUUUUUUUGUUUAAGCAACACUCAAUUAGACAGAAUAAGAUGGGUGAACUUCUUACCUACAAAGUACCGGGACAGAGCUCACCUAAGGUAAAUGUAGAAGCAGUUACUUGGUUUAAAACUGUUAAAAACAUAUCCUUAUGUCUGCUCAGUAUAGAGGUAACAGUUAUAAUAUGUUGCAAGUAUUUCAUAAUUAAGUCAUCUGCAAAUACCAAGGGGCUAAGCCCCUGAUCAUGCAUUCUACUGUGGAAAAAGUUAAUUAUGCCACAUAUCUAGCCUGGCAUUCAAAAUUGGAGUUUCUCGACUUUCUCUUGCAUAUUUACAGCUAGUGCAAUCAACAUGUUAUAAUUUUAAAUGUAAGUUUAAACUGACAUCAAAAAUGGCAUGACUGUGGUAACUGAUUAUUAAUUUUACUUCCAUGUAUUUGUAGGUAUUCAAAGGAAAUAAAGACAGAGACAGCAUUGUUUAUCACCAGUUAAACCCACCCAUCAAAGCUCUCUACAUCAAACUUCGACCAACAGCAUGGUACGGUCAUAUAUCACUAAGGAUGGAGCUGUAUGGUUGCUCAGCAGGUAAGAUAAUUGUCUUACAUGAACUUAUUUGGCACUGAAAAAUGGAAGGGUGAAACACAUGUUUUGGUUAUAACUAGUAUAAUGCUGAAAUAUGAAUAUGGCAAGAAACUGUAGAUUGUUAGAUACUACAUUAUGACAUACAAAGAAAAUUUCUGCUUGAUCCAAAUUUUGUGUUACUUUUAAAUUUUCAAUAGAACUGUAUGUACCUACCCUCAAACAUACCUACAUACCUCAGUACAUAAAUACAUACACAUAAACUGUUCUUUUACCUUCUUUAUUUCUGUAAAGAAUGUUCGGCACCUCUUGGCUUGGAGAGUGGACGCAUUAAAGAUGCUCAGGUCACUGCAUCUUCAGAAUGGGAUAGAAAUCAUGCAGCAAUCCAGGGAAGAUUGAACUUCAAGGCUGGUGGAGGCAAGCAAGGAGGAUGGUCAGCAGGGAAGAAUAACGGAAAUCAAUGGAUACAGGUGGCUCUUGGCAGUUACACCAAAUUAACAAGUAUAGCAACACAGGGAAGGAAUGCUCACAGCCAGUGGGUAACAGCAUACACACUGCAGUACAGUGAAGAUGGAGUGACCUUCUACUACUACAAAGUACUCGGACAGAGUUCACCUAAGGUAAAUGUAGAAGCAGUUACUGUGUUUAAAAACAUAUCCUUAUGUCUGCACAGUAUAGACUGAGGUAACAGUUAUAAUAUGUUGCAAGUAUUUCUUAAUUACGUCAUCUGCAAAUACCAAGGGGCUAAGCCCCUAAUCAUGCAUUCUACUAUGGAAAAAAUUAAUUAUACCACAUAUCUAGCCUUUGACUUUCUCUUGCAUAUUUACAACAAGUGCAAUCAACCUGUUACAAUUUUAAAUGUAAGUUGAAACUGACAUAAACAAUAACAUGACUGUGGUAACUGAUUAUUAAUUUUACUUGCAUGUAUUUGUAGGUAUUCAAAGGAAAUAAAGACAGAGACAGCAUUGUUUAUCACCAGUUAAACCCACCCAUUAAAGCUCGCUACAUCAAACUUCGACCAACAGCAUGGUAUGGUCAUAUAUCACUAAGGAUGGAGCUGUAUGGUUGCUCAGCAGGUAUGAUUGUUGUCUUACAUGAACUUAUUUGGCACUGAAAAAUGGAUGGAUGAAACACAUGUUUUGAUUAUAACCAGUAUAAUGCUGAAAUUGAUAUGGCAAGAAUCUCUAGAUUGUUAGUUACUACGUUAUGACAUACAAAGAAAAUUUCUGCUUAAUCCAAAUUUUGUGUUACUUUUAAAUUUUCAAUAGAACUGUAUGUACCUACCCUCAAACAUACCUACAUACCUCAGUAGAUAAACACAUAUACAUAAACUGUUCUUUUACCUUAUUUAUUUCUGUAAAGAAUGUUCGGCACCUCUUGGUUUGGAGAGUGGACGCAUUAAAGACGCUCAGGUCACUGCAUCUUCAGAAUGGGAUAGAAAUCAUGCAGCAAUCCAGGGAAGAUUGAACUUCAAGGCUGGUGGAGGCAAGCAAGGGGGAUGGUCAGCAGGGAAGAAUAAUGGAAAUCAAUGGAUACAGGUGGCUCUUGGCAGUUACACCAAAUUAACAAGUAUAGCUACGCAGGGAAGAAACGCUCAUAGCCAGUGGGUAACAGCAUACAAACUGCAGUACAGUGAAGAUGGAGUGAACUUUUACUACUAUAAAGUACCAGGACAGAGUUCACCUAAGGUAAAUGUAGAAGCAGUUACUUGGUUUAAAACUGUUAAAAACAUAUCUUUUUGUCUGCACAGUAUAGACUGAGGUAACAGUUAUAAUAUGUUGCAAGUAUUUCAUAAUUAAGUCAUCUGCAAAUACCAAGGGGCCCCUGAUCAUGCAUUCUACUAUGGAAAAAGUUGAUUAUGCCACAUAUCUAGCCUGGCAUUCAAAAUUGGAGUUUCUAUAUUUUCUCUUGCAUAUUUACAGCUAGUGCAAUCAACAUGUUAUAAUUUUAAAUGUAAGUUUAAACUACCUUUUCAAAUGGCAUGACUGUGGUAACUGAUUAUUAAUUUUACUUGUAUGUAUUUGUAGGUAUUCAAAGGAAAUGAAGACAGAGACAACAUUGUUUAUCACCAGUUAAACCCACCCAUCAAAGCUCGCUACAUCAAACUUCGACCAACAGCAUGGUAUGGUCAUAUAUCACUAAGGAUGGAGCUGCAUGGUUGCUCAGCAGGUAUGAUUGUUGUCUUACAUGAACUUAUUUGGCACUGA